AUGAUUUUUCGAAAUUUUUUCUUAAUAUUUUUAAUAAAAGGAAUUUUUGGGCUGUUGAAAUUGCCACAAGCCGAAGAAGGAAAACCAAGGCUUUUGGUUGAAAAUUGGAAAAAUGACGUUGUUUAUUUAGUUCAAUACCCAAGAAUCGAAUCAUUACCAAGUUUAUCAAUAAAAUGUUUGUUAAUCGAGAGUUGGCUGAAAAUUAAAAAUGUCCAGUUUUUUAGAAUCAACAAUCAUUUUAUGCUUGGUUCUCCACAUUAUGGAACUAUUCCAUUUGUCCAAUUCAAUGGAAAUUUUAUUGAGGGUUCAGAGAAUAUUAUGAAAAGCUUGGAUCAUUUGGGAAUGAAAUUGGAACGAAAUUCGAACGAAAAUCAAAUAAUUGGGAUCGUCGAUGAAAUACUUAUCCCGUUAGUUAAAAAUUUUAUUAAAAAUUAA